CCCGCACUCAGCCCCCGGGGCAUGCUCAGCCUUGGCAGAGCUCAACUCUGCCCUCCGGCCCCUGGCAGUCCCCCGGGGACUCGGGCUGUGCCCUGGUCCCCGGGCUGGGAGCUCCGGCCCAGCGCGCCCCGCUGCCCCAGGACCCCGAAGGGUGGCAGCCGCGCUCGUGCCCAGCGCCCCCUUGCCAAGCCCCCGGCCACUGCAAAGCCGAAGAGUCGGGCUGCUGGUUGCCCCCGCAACGCCGGGAGCGACCCCCGCUGGGAGGCGGUGCCGGGGAGUACCCACCCACCUGCCCGCAGCGCCGGGGACGGGCCGGGAAGCCGGAGUCCCUGCAGCCGCAGCCGCCGCCGCCGCCACCGCCGCCCCGGGCUCACCCCCUCUGCCACCCCCCAGCCGGGGCGAGGAGCCCGCCGCAGCGCCUGCACCAAUCUCCCACUCCGCAACGCGGUCCCUGCCAGCAAGAAGGGAGGAAACAGCCCCAGCCACCGCCGCAGCAACAGCAGCUACUGCUCCGAAACUUCUCUAGCAGCCUCUCGCGCUCCUCCUCCUCCUCCUCCUCCCGCUGCCCCUGGAUCCUCAGCCCAGUCGGAGACGAGCAGGUCAAUGCGGACGCCCGGACGCUGAGCCAUGCCGGGUCCCGGACAUCGAGCACCGAGCCAAACCCCUUCACCCAGAUAGCCAUGAACAGCUGCAAGUACAACGGCGGGGUGGGGCAGCCCCUGAGCGGGCUGGGCUCCCCCCCGAGGGAGGCCCCCGAGCCUGAGUCCCAGCCACUGCAGCCCCUGCAUGGCUCCGGCCUGGAGGUGGUGGUGUCCAAGUCGGAGCAGGAGGGGGAGGAGGAAGAGGACGAGGAGGAGGAUGAGGACGAGGACGGGCGCCGCCCUCGGAACCCGAAGAAGAACCAGAAUGUCGGGUACCGGCUGGGGCACCGGCGCGCCCUCUUUGAGAAGCGGAAGCGGCUCAGCGACUAUGCCCUCAUCUUUGGCAUGUUCGGCAUCGUUGUCAUGGUGACGGAGACGGAGUUGUCCUGGGGUGUCUACACCAAGGAGUCUUCAUAUUCAUUUGCACUAAAAUGCCUUAUCAGCCUUUCUACCGUCAUCCUGCUAGGUCUCAUCAUCAUGUACCAUGCCCGGGAGAUCCAGCUCUUUAUGGUGGACAAUGGAGCGGACGACUGGCGCAUCGCCAUGACGUACGAGCGGAUUUUCUUCAUUACCUUGGAGCUGGUGGUUUGUGCCAUCCACCCCAUCCCCGGCCAGUACCUGUUCACCUGGACAGCCCGCCUGGCCUUCACCUACACCACGUCUGUGGCGGACGCCGAUGUGGACAUCAUCCUGUCCAUCCCCAUGUUCCUGCGACUCUACCUCAUCGGGCGGGUUAUGCUGCUGCACAGCAAGCUGUUCACGGACGCCUCGUCCCGCAGCAUCGGGGCCCUCAACAAGAUCAACUUCAACACCCGCUUUGUCAUGAAAACCCUGAUGACCAUCUGCCCAGGCACCGUUCUCCUAGUCUUCAGCAUCUCCUCCUGGAUCAUCGCUGCCUGGACCGUGCGGGUCUGUGAGAGGGAAAAACUGUACCACGACAAGCAGGAAGUGACCAGCAAUUUCCUGGGGGCCAUGUGGUUGAUCUCCAUCACCUUCCUGUCCAUCGGCUACGGGGACAUGGUGCCGCACACCUACUGUGGGAAGGGUGUCUGCCUGCUCACAGGAAUCAUGGGGGCGGGAUGCACUGCCUUGGUGGUGGCCGUGGUGGCUCGGAAGCUGGAACUGACCAAAGCCGAGAAGCACGUGCACAACUUUAUGAUGGACACUCAGCUCACCAAGCGGGUAAAAAACGCUGCUGCCAACGUACUCAGGGAAACGUGGCUCAUCUAUAAACACACCAAGCUGGUGAAGAAACCCGACCACGCCAGAGUUCGGAAACACCAGCGUAAGUUCCUCCAAGCCAUCCAUCAGGCUCAGAAGUUGAGGAGUGUGAAAAUGGAGCAGAGGAAACUGAAUGACCAGGCCAACACGCUGGUAGACUUGGCAAAGACACAGAAUGUUAUGUUCGACAUGGUCUCGGAGCUCCAGGAACGCAACGAAGACCUGGAGAAGCGGAUCGUCGCUCUGGAGAACAAGAUCGAUGCCCUCAGUGCCAGCCUUCAGGCCCUGCCCGGACUCAUCACCCAAGCCAUACGCCAGCGGCCAGCACCCCCACCCCAGGAGGGCGGCCCUCCCCGCCCCGGUCCCGGCUCCCAUAGCUCGGAGCACUCAGCCUGGACCCCCACUCGCCGGCGCAAAUCGCCCUCCACCGCCCCCCAUACCUCCUCUGACAGCGGGUGACGCGUGGGGGAGGUGAUGUGGAGGGAGGCUCAGAGAAGGCCCGCAGGAUGGUGCCCGCGGGGGGACAGGAGGGGUGGGGAACACCACGGGCAUGGAAACCAACAAACCAACUCAGACGAUUUAUGUUUAGCCAUUGUAUGGCUGAUUAACUCAGCUUUGUUUUGUAAAGCCCUGUAUAGUUAUAUCUCUUGGAGUUCAAGAUGCUGGAGUGAAACAGCCACCUUUAUGUGGUGUCAUACGGGUGAGGUCGGCCAACCUCCACCCGUCAAUCCGGGUCAAUUCUCCUUGGGGCCACCAGGGGGAGCUACGGGGAAUGGUACCUCCAGGGAUGGGAUUCUUUUGAGGAGGGGCUUCUGCGGAUUGGGGCGGGUCUUGGGUCAUGUCACCUAGGACGGGGUAGAGGUGGAGUUUAACAUCCAGCUGGCCCUGCUUGCUGUGGGUCACAUCACGGUUUGCUGAGCAAAUGCCCUUUGAGGAAGUCUUGACUUUGAAGACAGAUGGGGGGGAGGGAGCAGGAGGUGAGGCAACAUUUGAUCUGACUCAGUUUCCUACCCCUGCCCCAGUCUCUCAUCUUCUUUGGCCUCCUGCCCCCCCCAUCCUUGGAGCCUAAUUCAGCAGGCACUGCUUAGUCUUUGAAGCCUCCGCACCAGGAUACCCAGGGUGAGGAGACCAGCCACUUCCCCUCCUGCCAUGUUCCCCGGUCUCCCACUACCCUAAGGGGCUUGGGGAGGGUCUUUCUCUUCCCCUAGCAGGUCCAGCCCACCCGAGGGAGUCUUUUCACCUCUCGGCAACUCCUUUGAAGGACUCAACAGGCAAAGAUGUCUAUGGGGAAGGAGGGUACAGCCCUGAUUGGCUUGGGGACCGUUUUAGAGGCAUAAUGUGGGGAAGCAAGGGUUAGGGUGAGGGGAAGAUACUCUCUACCUUUCUCGCUCCUGUGGUGUCUGUAUUCCAAGCUGGCAGCUCCCCAUGGCACCAGAAAUACAAAUUAGUGGCUAAUACAAAUCUGCAGACCAAUUGGGGUGGGGUGGGGGACUGCCCCCUAGUCCUUGCACCAAAGGCAGGGAGGUGUGAGGGGCUCUCUGACUUCUGGGCUCCAAAAGGGGUUGAUCCCCAUCUUGAUGGACAAGAGUCUGAACAGCAAUGGGAAAUGCUGCAUCUAGGUAACAGUCCCUAAUAAUAAUAGUGGUAUCUGUUAAGUGUGCACUGUUCUAAGCCCUGGGGGAGAUAGAAGAC